AUAAAGAUCAAAUACAGAUCGGAUACUGAGUACAUGUACUCGGAUGGACGUAUAAUAUCCGUAUCAUUUACGCAUUACAUCUCUACUCUACUUUUAGGUAGAAGACAAACGCCAUGCUUGCCAUAUAGACACGCGCGACGCACACUAUCAGCAUGUCCCCAACACACAUACCAAACAAGGUGAACUAGCUAAGUGGUCGAGAAUUCCCCUCUUUCUCUCACGGCCAUGGAGAACACCAAGCCAUGCAGUGACUUCGGGAUGAUCAUGGCUGAUCUGGAGUCCGAGAACCCGGUUACUAAUGUGGCUGCCAUGAAUCGUGCCUCGGAGUUGAUUGCUGAAGGUAAACUCCCGGAACCCCAGCUUCUGCGCCGCCUAAUCUCUUGUCUUGCUUCCAAUCUGGAGAAGCCUGACCAUGAAUCUGCCGUCAAGAGGAAGGUUCACUUAACUCUAGAGGCAAUCAGGGAGGCCAUCACCAGCAACCGCGUGAACAUAGAGUCCCCAGCUCGCGGUGAGGCUCUCCAUGCCAUCUGGUGCUGUUUUAUGGACGAAGGCCUUCGCUGUCUUCGUCAGCACGAAAGUAUGGUGAGGAUGUGGACAGUCCAGGAUCAACUGGCUGCCGUCAAAACGCUAUGUGCCACCUUCCGUCGCUCGCCGGUAAACAUCAAGAACAUAAGGUGUGUCACAACCUUUGCCGCACUGAUGCUGUCACCCUACACCACCGUGGCGCGCGCUUGUGAAGACGCCUUGCUCUCUUUGCCCUCUAUUCCAGGAUUUGCAUUUGCCAUUGCAAGAGCCUACUGCCAUAUUAUCAUAGCUAUGCCACCGGAGUCAUCGCCUGAGAUAAGUAGCGCGGCUGCGGUUCUGGGCAGGCUGAACCAGAUUAGCAUGGCCACGGUGGAGGGCGACCACCGAGGGUUCGGUGAUCUGGCCAUGGAUGUGCUAGGGGAUGCUUUAGCAAAUCGCAAUCUUCCUGUUCGGAAGAAGGCUCUGAACCUGGUGGCGAGCCUCCUCACCCCAAGGAACGUCUGCGAUGUUCUAGGGCUCCUCAACAGUGAGCUGGUCGUGGCAGCCUCCGCCAACCUCCAGAUCGAGUACCGACAGAUGCUGGAGAAGGCGAUUAGAGAGUGCCAUUCUGCUCAUCCGGGGAGUAUCCUAGAAUUCACGCUAGAUCCCAAGUAUGCCGUGUUCACGGAUUGUAUCCGCUACACCAUGGAUAUCAUGAACAGCAACCCCUUGCUGCGAGUCCAGCUUCUGAAAGGUCUUCUAAGGAUGCUCCGCCAUGUCAGGUCACCGCCGGUGUGCGCCGCUGCUGUCUGGAUCAUCUCCGUCUUCUCUGAAUCACCGGUAGAGGUCGACGACGCCAUCGCUGCACUCUCGUGCCUCUUCAAGGACCUGCUGGACCGGCGAAAAAUCGAGAAACAGAUACUUGGGAGUGAAAUGGAGGACGAAUACGUACUCCCUACUGAAUAUUAUGGCGUCACUACUGCACGAGGUGCGCAGGGAGAGCGCCAGCAGCGGCCAUGGCUGGUGGAGAUGGACGAACUGCUGUUUGUGCGCAUAGGGCUCACACGGCAGGCAGAUGGGAGCUACGACAUUGCCUCGAGUUCCAAGCAGAGCAGUAGUAGUGCUCGUCACGCAGAUAGGCCGCCGUCGUUGGAGCUUACAGACAAUCUAGCAUUCCUUGUGCAUUCUGGAGAUUCCCUCUUGGCGGAUUUCGUGCAGGACAUGCUGUCCGAGCUUGUAGUGAAGGCCCAGAGUUGCAGUGAGUCCGUUUGAACUGAUGGUGAUUUGAAGGUCUCAAGCACAAUGGCUGUACUGAUUCGUUGGCUACUUUUCUUCCUUACAGCUAGUAGUGCUUAAAAUUAGGAAUGGAUCGGAGUAGUAGUUCUACAUCCAUACCUCAAUAUGCAUGCAGAAUCAUGUUUCUUUUUUGAGAGAGAGAGAGGCAAGGAAAAAAAUGUUUGUUCUAUGUUCUACUUCUAUUACUAUUAAUAGUACUUUUUAUUUAACUUUUUUGCCAUC